GGAAUGUGGUGGUGGAGUUCAGAGACGCUCAGUACAUCUGAUCAGUUGGAAGUGUUGGCUCUCUGUAAAAUACCGGACUACUAAUUUGAAAAGAUGUUAAUUGAACCCCAACCACCUUUAAGGUCAGAGUCUCAGUCAGAGAGGUUUUAUUGUCAUUUCAGCUACAUAAAAGUACAUAUUGAAACGAAACAGCGUUCCUCUAGGAUCAUGGUGUAACACGGUACAAAAAGUGCAAGACAAAACAGUGUAAAUACAAAACAGUGCUACUGCAAUGUCAGUAGACUGUCUCGGGCACCAUGCUGUACUUUCUGGGAGACGAUUCUUAUACGUCGUGAACCUGGAUGCUCCCACCGAGGCUCCUCGAAAAAUAGGCCGUCAUAGCAAGUGGGACGUUGGCACGGUGCAGUGGAAUCCUCACAAAACAGAAGCCCACGUAUUUGCUGCGUCAAGUAAUCAGCGGGUUGACCUGUACGUUUGGCGUGAUGGGUCUGGAGAAACCCACACCUCCCUGCAAGGCCACACAAGAGUUAUAAGCGAUUUGGAUUGGUCCUGGUUUGAACCAGAAUUUUUAGUCACAAGUUCAGUGGACACAUAUAUUUACAUAUGGGACACAAGAGACACUCGUAAACCCACAGGGGCCCUGUCUGCAGUGGCGGGAGCCUCUCAGGUGAAGUGGAACAAAAGGAACCCGCACUGCCUGGCUUCCAGUCAUGAUGGAGAUGUCAGAAUCUGGGACAAAAGGAAACCUAACACCGCAGUUGAAUAUGUAGCUGCUCACUUAUCCAAGAUUCACGGUUUAGACUGGCACCCUGAUAAUGAGUAUAUACUUGCAACCUCCAGCCAGGACAACUCAGUCAGGUUCUGGGACUACAGACAACCUCGGAAGUACCUCAAUAUCUUGUCUUGCCAAGUGCCUGUUUGGAAGGCGAGAUACACGCCUUUUUCAAAUGGACUGGUAACCAUCAUGGUGCCACAGCUCAGAAGAGAGAACAGCCUCCUGCUGUGGAGCACACUGGACCUCAACAGUCCUGUUCAUGCCUUUGUGGGACAUGAUGACGUGGUGCUAGAGUUUCAGUGGAGACCUCAGAAAGAAGGUUCCAAAGACUGCCAGCUGGUGACCUGGUCCAGAGAUCAGACUUUGAGAAUAUGGAGGGUGGAUCCUCAGUUACAGAAGCUUUGUGCCAACGACAUUGUGGAGGAGCUGAUAGAUGGCCUGACUCUCACAACAGAGUCAGAAAAUACACUCCGCUCUCAGGAACCACCGCUUAGCCCCAGCCUAACUGUACACAACUUAGAAGGUCAGAUUAAUGAAUCCAGCAGUAGGCAGGACCCUGCUGGACUGGCCCAGACUUUGCAACAGGAAUUCUCCUUAGUUAACCUGCAAAUCCGCAACGUCAAUGUAGAGAUGGAUGCUUUGAGUCAUACGUGCUUCGUCUCUGCCCACUGUGGGACAAAUCAGGUCAGGCUGGUGGUGAAGUUUCCCAUGCAGUACCCAAAUAACGCAGCACCGUCUUUCCAGUUUGUUCCUCCAACAACCAUCUCAUCAUCCAUGAGAACAAAAAUACAGAAGAUCUUGACCGAUACAUCACUUCAGAAAGUAAAGAGAAACCAGAACUGCCUGGAGCCCUGUGUGAGACAGCUGGUGUCCUGUCUGGAAUCAGAUAUGGAUGAUGGUGCUAAUCCCCAUGUGUUCAGUAACUCAGUGAGCCCGGCCCUUCCUGCCUUUCCCCGUGUCACUAACACUUAUGGCUCUUACCAGGAUGCCAACAUCCCCUUCCCACGGACUUCAGGUGCACGCUUCUGUGGCACAGGCUCUCUGGUAUAUUUUACCCGACCCAUGUCUAUGCAUCGCACAGUCCCUGCUACUGAACCGACUCCUAGGUCGCUCUCAGCAUUGUCUGCAUAUCACAGUGGCCUUUUGACACCUAUGAAAAUGCGCACCGAGUCUCAGUCUACCCUCAGGCUGUAUAGUGGCAGUCCAACACGCACAGAUAAAGAACAAGUGUCCAUUUCCUCCUUCUACUACAAGGAACGGAAGCCUGUGGUUGCACUUCGCCGUUGGUCCGUGCAGACUAUUUAUGACUUUCCGAAAUCACGACGUUGGAAAGGAAAGCGUGAGGGAACAGACUACAGCAACAGACCUAUGAAACUGGCUGGCAAAGUAAUCAUUCAGGACAUCUCCUGUCUACUUCCUAUUCAUAAAACCCUCGGGGAGACCUAUGUACUAAAUGUGAAUGAUAUACAGGACACAUGCCAAAAGAAUGCAGCUGCUGCUCUGGCAGUAGGACGGAGAGAUUUAGCCAAGGUAUGGGCCCUUGCCUCUGCAGCAACCAGUAGUGAUCUAUGUCCUGACUCUGAUCCUGAUGCUGAUACACCUUGGUCUAUGCAUCCAUUUGGACGACAACUACUGGAAACUUUGCUUGAACAUUAUAGUCAGAUGAGUGAUGUGCAGACUCUGGCCAUGCUGUGCAGUGUGUUCAGGGGUCAGGGGUCUCAGGACUACUACACACUGUACGGUCCACGCAGCUCAGGCUUCACCCUACACCACUCCCGCUAUCCCAGUUACACUUCCAGCUCUCUUACGUCUGGUUCCUGCUCCAGUACCUCAGACUCCAUUACAGCCACAUGGAACACAGCUGGACGGGAUUCUGAACAAGCCCUGCCCUGGGGAGAGUCUUCUCCUGAUGAUGGUCGCUAUGCAAACCAGCUCUACACUGAUCCACGGGAUCGGGAGAAAGAGCAGCACGAUAUGAACAAAAGGUUAUUGGACCCAGCGAACACACUGCAAUUUGACGACUUUAAGAAAUGUUAUGGGGAGAUCCUGCACCGAUGGGGCCUGAAAGAGAAGAGGGCAGAUGUGCUCAAAUUUGUUUCUUGCCCUCCAGAGCCACACAAGGGUAUAGAGUUUGGCGUGUACUGCUGCCACUGCCGGAGUCAGGCCAGGGGUACUCAGUGUGCCGUGUGCAAGCGCUUCACCUUCCAGUGUGCCAUCUGCCAUGUGGCCGUUCGCGGCUCCUCCAACUUCUGCCUGAGUUGCGGGCACGGCGGGCACACCAGCCACAUGAUGGAGUGGUUCCGCUCUCAAGAAGUUUGCCCUACAGGCUGUGGUUGUCACUGUCUCCUACAAAGCACCUUCUGAAGCCUAGUAAAUGGACUGAAUGGAGGUCUCAGGGUAAACCUCAAACCUCUGGGUACUGUAACACGGCCUGGACUGUUGAUUUUAACACACUAUGAUACAAACAGUGAUUUCAGUGCUGCUAUGAUCGGCCAUAAUAUUGGUCAUAUUGUUCACAGUAUGCAAGGAACCGAAUCAAACUAGGCUCACGACAGCCUCGUUCAGACAUGAAUGUUCAUUAGUCUGUGCCAUUUUUACAUUGUGCAGUUUUCCUGUGUUUAGAAAUGUUUUGGUUUGGUUAUGCUGCAGAAUGCAGAGAGAUUUUUAAAGAAACUCCUAUAUAUGGAAGAUUAAAUAAGCUGUUGAUGUUACAAUCAUUCUUUUUUCUAACAUGAUAAGUGUUAAUUCAUCUGUUUUGGUCAGGCUUUUAAAUUAAAAGAAGAACAGAACUGUACUCUUGAGAAAGGGAGUAUUAACUAUUAACCAGCAUUUAUAAACUUUUUGAGUUUAUUUCAAUAAUGAAGAAAUAAAUUUGUUUAAAUAA